AUGACUCUCGAGGAGACAACGGAUUGGCCAUUGCAUGUGUAAUGAUAUCAGAAGUGGAUAAAUGUAAAUAGUUUCUGUAUUUGGUAAAAGUUCAUUACAUAUAUUGAAAAAGAGUUUUCUUGUGUGAGUUGAGCACUUACUGCUAUAGGUGUAAAGAGUGGCAUUUUGAGUAAAAAGGGUCUGACGUGGGGUUCAAUGAUUGGAGACAUUUAAUAGAAUUCAAUCAAGUAGACACCUAUUGAGAGUUUAAGCCGCAAAGGAUGUGAUAUUAUACAUUUUGAUCCAGGGAAGGGAUGGAGUUUUUCAGUUCUGUAUAAUAGUAAGCUUAUACCCAUUUUACUGUGUGACAAGUUCAUUAAAAGACGAACUCAGGCAUUCUGAAAUCCACCAAAGAAUAGACGAUAAUUAGACUAUAUUCAUUGGCUGAAGACUGGAUUUAAUUCCAAAAUUUGUAUAGUGGAUGGAUAGUGUUUUUGAUUGAUGUGAUUUUCAUCCAUUUUAUUUUGACGUAAAGUCAGUUAAUUAUCGGCUAACUGGAGAGCAGUUAAAGUCUAUAUUGCAUUGUACUCUCUGGAAUGCGCACAGAGAAAGUCUGAUUUUUAUGAGGCACUAAAACGUAUGAUUAAAAAUGGAAGUGAAUUAAGAAGUUACAAAGCAUUGGAUGUAACAUUGUGAUAAUUAAUUUGGUUUAUGCAAAAUGGAGGACAAGUCCAAAGGGCGUCGAUUUAGCGUGGCUCCUGGUCAGGGAGGCCGGCGGGGAAGUAUCCUAAUUCCGGACAAAGUCUACAGGCAAAAGCUGAAGGAGGAGAGGGAGGCCAAGCGAGCGCAUCUAGAUGAACGUCACUUCUACAUCCUCCAGACGGUGGCCGACAGCCUGGGUCUGGAGCUCACAGAGGUGGAGGAUGCCAUAUUGGAGGGAAACCAGAUUGAAAUGAUGGACCAAUUUCUGAGUCCCAACAGUGUCAGCCAACUGUUAUUCUACUACCAGGAACCAGAACAUGUGGAACCAGUGGCUGUUGGAUUUCAUAUUCCACAAACUGCUGAGUCAAGGAAAAAAGACCAGAAUAUUUUGGACCAUUUGAGAGUGGGCCCCCCACAACCCAAAGUUUCCAAAACAUCCAAACCAAAAGUGUUUGUCACCAAUGGCCGUGACACUCCAUUACGAGGAGUGGCCCUUGUGUUUACCAAAGUGGCUGAUGCAGACGUCACUAUAACGGAAGCCAACAUCAUGAAGGAAGUGACCUUCACACGUUUGGACACCAGUGGCAAUGGGAAGAAUGGAAGCGGCCUUCUGCAUGCUGUGGAGACGCUUCUAUCUUCCAUCUUUAUCCCCGCCCUGAAGAACCUUGAUAAAGGAUGGGGAGCCUUAGGGACUCCCUCUGGUGAACAAGUCAAGCAGGAUUUCCUGAACACACUGGACUCAUUUGUCUCAGUUCUAGUGGGUGCACAAGAAAGUUUGGAGGAAAAGGUGACUCUCAAGCCCUGUGAAACCUAUGACCUGUCUAAGAUUCAGACCCCAGCAGACUACCAGGCAGUGGCUAACAGCUCAGAGGCACUGGAGGGGAUAGAGAGCACCAUGAAUGUCUGGCUCAAACAGCUGGAACAGGUCCUGGCAGAAAGCGAACAGAUGAGGAAGGAAGCAGACGACAUUGGACCUCGUGCAGAGCUGGACCAUUGGAAGAAACGCAUGUCUCGCUUUAACUACCUCCUGGAUCAGAUCAAAGGUCCUGAUGUCAAAGCUGUUCUGGGUGUUUUGCAUGCAUCACAGUCCAAGCUCAUAAAGCAAUGGCAAGAACAUGAUAGACGAAUCACUGACCUAGCCAAUGAGGCUCGUGACAACGUCAAAUUCCUGUAUACCCUGGAAAAAUUCUGUGAUCCUCUGUACAACAGUGACCCUGUCGGCAUGUUGGAAGGCAUUCCUGGUCUGAUCAAUGCUAUCAGAAUGAUCCACUCCAUCUCAAGGUACUACAACACCUCCGAGAGGAUGACCUCUUUGUUUGUCAAGAUUACCAACCAAAUGAUCACGGCCUGUAAGUCCUACAUCAGCUGUCAGAAGACCGAGACUGUCUGGACACAGCCCCAGGCAGAGGUCGUCCGCAAACUCAAUGACUGCAUCAAGCUGAAUGAGGAGUACCAACGCUGUUUCCACAAAACUAAGGAAAAGCUCGAGAAGAUGCCUAACGAGAGGCCAUUCGAAUUCUCCGAGAUGUACAUAUUUGGAAAGUUUGACACCUUCACCAGGAGGCUGAAGAAAAUUAUCGAGAUGUUUGAGACUAUCUCCAUGUACUCCCAUCUGUCCGAGUCCAAAAUUGAAGGAAUUGAGCAGUCAGCAACAAGAUUCAAUGUCAUUGUUACAAACAUGAAGAAGAAACCGUAUGAUUUCCUGGAUCAAAGAAAGACGGAAUUUGAGGUGGACUUUGAUGAAUUCAAGAGAAUGGUAGCAGAGCUUCAUCAAAACAUCCAGCUGUUUAUGGAUCAGAAGUUUGAGAGAAUUGUCAGCACCACCAGAGCCCUGGUUCUGCUCCAGAGGUUUGAGAAAUUGAAUUUGCCAGGACUGGGUAUCUAUGACAAAUAUCAGAGAAUCCUCAGCCAUUAUGGGAAGGAUAUUGAGAAUGUUUCCAAACUGUACCAGAAAAACAAAAAUGAUCCACCUGUGGCCAGAGAUCUACCUCCCAUUGCUGGCAAAAUAGCAUGGGCUAGACAGUUGUAUCGUCGUAUUCAGGAUCCCAUGGAGGUUUUCAAACAACAAGGUAAACUCCUUGAAAUUCCUGAGGCGAAAAAAAUUAUCAAGAACUUCAACAAACUGGCCAAAGUCCUACUGGAGUUUGAGAUGCUGUAUCACAGGGGAUGGCUUCGACAGAUUGAGGCUGCUAGAUCUGGCCUGCAGGCAUCACUCCUGAUCAAACACCCAGAAACUGCCGAAUUGUUUGUGAACUUUGACCCCCAGAUUCUGACCAUGGUGAGAGAGACUGAGUGCAUGGCCAGACUGGGGCAAGAGAUCCCACCUCUGGCAGUCACGAUGAGGGCCAAGCAGACCGAGUACAAGGAAAAUUAUAAUGCAUUGCAGAUGCUACUGCAAGAGAACAAGCGGGUGAGAAGCAAGAUUCCAACAGCCUUUGAAAGUUUGAUGGGUCCCCACAUCAGUAAAGUGGACAAAAGACUGGAAUCUGGCCUUAACAAACUGUCGUGGACCUCGCUCAACAUCCAAGACUACAUACAGGAAGUGUACGGUGUGCUGGGUGAACUAGAACUGCUGAUGGACCGUGCCCAUGACCUGAUGGAAUUCCGUAUUGAUGCUGUCCUGAAAGAGAUGGCCACCACUAAGUUGUGUCAGCUACCAGAGGAUGAACCUUGGCUGUGUGAUGCCUUCAUAGAGAACACUCAGAUGCUGUGUGCCAAAGGAGCAGUUGCCCUGCAGACAAAGUCUUUGGUAGUAGAAGAAGCAGCCAAUGAGUUGAUCAACAUGUUGUGUCCUGCUGAUAUGGAGGUGGAUGAGGAAAAGAUGGAGAUUGAGGAGGAUGAAGAUGAACAGCGGAGCCAGAGUGGUAGCCCCACUGAAUCUCAGGGUGCUAGGACAAGUAGCAGGAAGUCGCGGCCAGUGUCCUCAAAAGCUAAUCUUGUCGCCAAGAAGAAACGAGAAAUGAGGGAGAACAUUGAAGAAGCAGCCAAUGAGCUGCUAGCUCACUUCAACCACAGGAACCAGGAUGCUCUCCUAAAGGUCACCAAGAACACGCUCGAAUCUCUACGUAAACGAAUCACGUCCAGCUCGAUGGUCCAUUAUCUGGGAGAUACUGGAAACUUUGGUGAUUCUAAGAAAGACAGUGGCCCUUUCUUUAAGACUUUUGCUACCUUAGCCAUCCCAAACAUUGUCAUGCAACCUGCCUUAGAUGAAGUUCAACAAACUGUAAACAAAGCAGCCCAAAUGAUCAUCUCAGUAAGCAAGGGUGUGGCUAAAUGGAGUGAGGAAAGAAAACGUACCCAGAAGUCAGCAGCUGAGCGGGAGCAUGCUGCAGCUGCAGAACGUAGACAUAGUGUUGUCAGUGCUGCUUCUGAUGCUGCAGGAGAGAAGAAGGAGGAGGAAGCCGAAAUAAGGGUCUACACCAUCACACAGCAGGCCAAAAACUACUUCAAAGCUGUGUCUGAAAACAAGGAUGUCACCAAAUUAGUGUCUCUUUUGUCCACCUCCAUUAACUCUACAAAGAAGGAGGUUACCACUGCCUUGGACAGAUUCUCUGGUUAUCAUCCAAUCUGGGAGAAGGACAGAGAGGAGGAUCUGGUGGAAUUCAACAAAGAGGACCCCAAACUAUCGGAAUAUGAAACCAAGAUCAAUCACUACGAGGAGCUGGAGGUGGAAAUCAAUGGACUUCCAGAGUUUUAUGAUGUCGGACCAAUUGCCUUGUACACAGAGAAUCUCAAGCUUGGUUUGACCACAGAGACUAGAGCCUGGAAGCUUCACUAUGGUAAAGCUUGUAACCAGAAAUACAGUAUGGAGAUGGAAAGAAUCUUUACCUUUAUUGAGGACCUCACCAAGCGUUUGGCUCGUCCCCUCAAGGACCUAGAUGACGUCAGGUUUGCCAUGGCAGCCCUCAGAGAGAUCAGAGAUGAUGAGAUUAGGAUAGACAUGCUGAUUGGUCCUAUUGAGGAAUCUUAUGCCAUGUUGAUCAAACAUGACCUCCCGGUCAACAAGGAGGAGACCGAGAGAUGUGACACGCUGCGUUACUCCUGGGAGAAACUUCAGGUUCAGACUUCAGAAGUUCAAACUGAGCUUCUACAAGUUCAACCACAAUUCAAAUCCGAGCUCAUCGAAAAUGUCAAAGUGUUUAAUGUCGACAGUGCAGACUUCUAUGCAAAAUAUGACGAACAAGGACCCAUGGUGGCUGGAGUUCCCCCACGGGAGGCUUCUGACAGACUUGUCAUCUUUCAGAACAACUUUGAUGUUCUCUAUAAGAAGUUCAUCACCUACACUGGUGGUGAGGAGCUAUUUGGGUUACCAGUGUCAGACUAUCCCAAGCUUGGCCAGAUCAAGAAAGAACUCAAUCUGCUGCAGAAACUGUACAACUUGUACAACAACGUGCUGGAAACUGUGCAUGGAUAUUAUGAUAUACUGUGGACUGACAUUAAUAUUGAGAAAAUUAACAAUGAACUGCUGGAGUUUCAAAACAAAUGCAGAAAACUUCCCCGUGCCUUAAAGGACUGGCCUGCUUUUGAGGAUCUGAAGAAAACAAUUGAUAAUUUCAAUGAAAUGGUGCCUCUCCUGGAGCUGAUGACUAACAAAGCCAUGAAGCCUCGUCACUGGAACAGAAUGGCUGAGGUCACAGGUCACGUGUUUGAUGUGGAGAGUGAUAACUUUGCACUGAAGAACAUUCUGGAAGCUCCUCUUCUUGAAUUCAAGGAAGAUAUUGAGGAUAUAUGUAUCUCAGCUGUAAAGGAAAAAGAUAUUGAGGCCAAACUGAAGCAGGUCAUUGCCGAUUGGAACAACAAGGAAUUCACCUUCGGACAAUUCAAGAACAGAGGAGAGCUCUUGCUCAGGGGAGACAACACAUCAGAAAUUGUCUCGCUCAUGGAAGAUUCAUUAAUGGUUCUCAGCUCGCUGCUCAGCAACAGGUACAAUGCUCCAUUUAAGAAGAACAUCCAAUUAUGGGUGCAGAAUCUGACCAACUCCUCUGAGAUCAUCGAGAACUGGAUGACUGUACAAAACUUGUGGGUGUACCUCGAGGCUGUGUUUGUGGGUGGAGAUAUUGCUAAACAACUGCCAAAGGAAGCCAAACGAUUCAGCAACAUUGACAAAUCGUGGAUUAAGAUCAUGACCCGAGCUCAUGAGACCCCCAAUGUUGUCCAAUGUUGUGUGGGAGAUGAAACACUGAUGCAACUGUUGCCUCAUCUUCUGGAGCAGCUCGAGCUCUGUCAGAAAUCACUCACCGGAUACUUGGAGAAGAAGCGACUGCUGUUCCCACGAUUCUUCUUUGUGUCUGAUCCCGCCUUGCUUGAGAUUCUGGGUCAGGCUAGUGACCCACACACUAUCCAAGCUCACCUGCUGUCUGUGUUUGACAACAUCAAAUCAGUCAAGUUCCAUGAAAAAUUCUAUGACCAGAUCUUGGCUAUCUACUCCUCAGAAAAUGAAACUAUUGAUCUUGAGAAGCAUGUCAAGGCAGAAGGCAAUGUUGAAAACUGGCUGAUGUCUCUGAUGUUGAUGUCACAAAAAUCUCUUCAUGGAGUCAUUCGUACCGCUGCCAUGUCAAUCCAGGACAGCAGCUUCCAGCUCCUGGAAUUCUUAAACAUGUUUCCUGCUCAGGUUGGAAUUCUGGGUAUCCAGAUGAUCUGGACGCGCGAUUCCACGGAAGCCUUGACCCAUGCCCGCUACGACAGAAAAAUCAUGCAGCAGACAAACCAAGCCUUCUUGGAUCUGCUGAACAUCCUCAUUAACCAGACAACACAGGACCUCACCAAAGUAGAGAGGACCAAGUUUGAAACACUCAUUACCAUUCAUGUGCAUCAAAAGGACAUUUUUGAUGACCUGUGUCGCAUGCAUGUCAAGUCCCCCACAGACUUUGAAUGGAUGAAGCAGUCCAGAUUCUACUUUUUGGAAGACCAGGACAAGUGUCAGAUCUCUGUUACAGAUGUGGAUUUUAUCUACCAGAACGAGUUUUUGGGCUGUACAGAGCGUCUGGUCAUUACCCCUCUUACUGACAGAUGUUACAUCACUCUCGCCCAAGCUCUUGGAAUGUCAAUGGGUGGUGCCCCAGCUGGUCCCGCUGGUACUGGAAAAACAGAGACCGUCAAAGAUAUGGGUCGAUGUCUUGGUAAAUAUGUGGUUGUCUUCAACUGCUCUGACCAGAUGGACUUCAGAGGUUUAGGACGUAUUUACAAGGGUCUGGCUCAGUCCGGGUCUUGGGGAUGCUUUGACGAGUUCAAUCGUAUUGAUUUGCCUGUAUUAUCUGUGGCUGCUCAGCAGAUCGCUAUUGUGCUGACGGCGAAGAAAGAGAGGAAGAAGGCUUUCAUCUUCACUGAUGGUGAUAAUGUGCUGCUCAAUCCUGAAUUUGGAAUUUUCCUGACCAUGAACCCUGGUUAUGCGGGUCGUCAGGAGUUGCCAGAAAAUCUUAAGAUCAACUUCCGUACAGUUGCCAUGAUGGUACCCGACAGGCAGAUCAUCAUCCGUGUAAAGCUUGCCUCAGUUGGUUUCCUUGACAAUGUCACCUUAGCCAGAAAAUUCUUCACCCUAUACAAGCUCUGCGAGGAACAGCUUACAAAACAGGUCCACUACGACUUUGGUCUGAGAAACAUUUUGUCGUGUUUGAGAACCCUCGGUACUGUCAAAAGGCAGAAUAAAGAUGACCCAGAGGCCAUGAGUGUGAUGAGAGUGCUAAGAGACAUGAACCUCUCCAAGCUUGUAGAUCAAGAUGAACCUCUAUUCUUGUCCCUGAUCAACGACUUGUUCCCAGGAAUUACACUGGACAAGGGAGGCUACCCAGAUCUGGAGGGUGCUAUUGCCAGACAGAUUGAUGAUGCCAAAUUAGUAGCUCAUCCUCCAUGGACUCUCAAACUAAUCCAGCUGUUUGAGACCCAGAGAGUAAGACAUGGUAUGAUGACCUUAGGACCCAGCGGAGCAGGCAAAACCUGUUGUAUUCAUAUCCUGAUGAAGGCCAUGACAGACUGUGGCGAACUCCACAAAGAAAUGAGAAUGAACCCCAAGGCCAUCACAGCCCCUCAGAUGUUUGGUCGUCUGGAUGUGGCAACCAAUGACUGGACGGAUGGUAUCUUCUCUACUCUGUGGAGGAGAACUCUCAGAGCCAAGAAAGGUGAGCAUGUCUGGCUGGUGUUGGAUGGACCGGUGGAUGCUAUCUGGAUUGAGAAUUUGAACUCUGUGUUGGAUGACAAUAAGACUUUGACCCUGGCUAAUGGUGACCGUAUCCCUAUGGCCCCCAACUGUAAGAUCAUCUUUGAGCCUCACAACAUUGACAAUGCCUCUCCUGCCACAGUCUCCAGGAAUGGCAUGGUGUACAUGUCCAGCUCAGGAUUAGACUGGAAACCAAUUCUGCAGUGCUGGCUGAAUUCCAGACCUAUUAAUGAGCAAGCCAUCAUCAUGGACCUGUUUGAGAGAUCUUUCCCAUUGGUGCUGCAGUUUGCUGUUCAGAACUUGACUUUCAAGAUGGAAGUUUUGGAAGCUUUCAUAAUUUCCCAGGCCUGCAAACUUCUGGAAGGAUUGAUCCCGUCAAAGGACGACAAGGACACCGGCUCUGUGAGUCAGUCUCACUAUGAACAUUUGUACAUCUUCACUCUUAUGUGGACCAUUGGUGCUUUCUUAGAGUGGGAUGAUAGGAUAAAAGUAGAGGAAUUCCUUCGACACAGUGAUGACAUCACCUUGAAUUUGCCACCCACCAAUAAGGACGCUGAUGAGACUAUGUUUGAUUACAUGGUGGAUACCUCUGGCCAAUGGCAACACUGGAGCAACAAAGUGGAGCCCUAUCACUACCCCUCCGACAGCACACCAGAGUAUGGCUCUAUCUUAGUUCCUAUGGUGGACAACGUCCGUACAGAAUUCCUCAUCAACACUGUUUCCAAGCAAGGAAAGGCUGUGCUGUUGAUCGGAGAACAAGGAACAGCAAAGACUGUGAUGAUUAACGGUUACAUGGGCAAAUAUAACCCAGAAUACCACAUUGCUCAAUCACUCAACUUUUCCUCUGCCACUACACCUCUCAUGUUCCAGAGAACAGUUGAGAGCUAUGUUGACAAAAGAGUGGGCACCACAUAUGGCCCGCCGGCUGGUAAGAAGAUGACCGUCUUUGUUGACGAUAUUAACAUGCCAGUCAUCAAUGAAUGGGGUGACCAGAUCGCUAAUGAAAUUGUCAGACAACUGAUGGAGUACAAAGGAUUCUACAAUCUGGAAAAACCAGGAGAUUUUACCAACAUUGCCGAUGUCCAGUUUCUGGCCGCCAUGAUCCAGCCAGGAGGAGGUCGUAACGAUAUCCCCCAGAGGCUAAAGAGACAAUUUGUUAUCAUUAACUGCACCCUUCCCUCCAAUCCAUCCAUUGACAAGAUCUUCAGUUGUAUCGGCUGUGGUCAUUACGUGAAGGACAGGGGAUUCACACAAAACGUCAUCGACAUGACAGCUAACCUGGUCCCCAUCACCAGGAGACUCUGGCAGCUGACCAAGAUCAAGAUGUUGCCAACUCCAGCCAAGUUCCAUUACAUCUUCAACUUGCGUGACUUAUCCAGAAUAUGGCAGGGCAUGAUUAACACAGAUAACACCGUCAUCACAUCCGAGAAAGAACUACUGUGGUUAUGGAAGCACGAGUGUAGCCGAGUUGUUGCUGAUAGAUUUACAAACUUUGAGGACCUGGCAUGGUUUAAUAAAACCAUGAUUCGGGUCAUCAAUGAAGAACUGGGUGAGGCAAAUGGAACAAUGGUUGAAUCUACCCAUUAUUUUGUGGACUUCAUGAAGGAUGCACCGGAAGCUACUGGUGAUGAACCAGAUGAUACAGACUUUGACAUGCCAAAGGUUUACGAGCCGAUUCCCAGCUUUGAGGUCCUCGAGGAGAGAUUACAAAUGUUCUUACAACAGUAUAACGAGGGCAUCAGAGGAUCUGGCAUGGACUUGGUGUUCUUCAAGGAUGCCAUGAUACAUUUGGUCAAGGUGUCUAGAAUCAUCCGAACACCUCGUGGUAACGCCUUGCUGGUUGGUGUUGGGGGUUCAGGAAAACAGUCCCUCACCAAACUAGCUUCUUUCAUUGCCGGCUACAAGACAUUCCAGAUAACCCUCACUAGGUCCUACAAUGUGUCCAAUUUACUGGAGGAUCUGAAGUACCUGUAUCGUACAGCGGGCGCUCAGGGCAAAGGGAUCACCUUCAUCUUCACUGACCAGGAGAUCAAGGACGAGGCCUUCCUCGAGUACCUCAACAAUGUCCUCUCCUCGGGAAUUGUGGCUAACUUGUUUGCAAGAGAUGAGAUGGAUGAGAUCAUGGGUGAACUUAUACCAGUAAUGAAGAAGGAAUUCCCCAAACGACCCCCUUCUAAUGAGAAUCUCUACGAGUACUAUCUGACCAGAGUCCGGAACAACCUUCAUGUUGUUCUCUGUUUCUCACCAGUUGGAGAGAAAUUCCGAGCUCGAGCCUUGAAGUUCCCUGGUCUGAUCUCUGGUUGUACAAUGGACUGGUUCCAGCGCUGGCCAAAGGAUGCUUUGAUCGCAGUAGCCGACCACUUCCUGUCUAACUUUAACAUUGAAUGCACAGCUGAAGUUAAGAAGCAGGUCAUCCAAACCAUGGGUCUGAUCCAUGAUGGGGUAGCAGAAUCUUGUGUUAACUACUUCCAGAGGUACCGUCGUUCCACCCAUGUUACUCCAAAGUCCUACCUGUCAUUUAUUAAUGGUUACAAGACAAUCUACUCAGACAAGAAGAAUGAAAUUGGUGAAUUGGCAGAAAGAAUGAACACUGGAUUGGAAAAACUCAUUGAAGCAGGACAGCAGGUUGCUAAACUAAAGGAGGAAUUGGCAGAGAAAGAAAAAGAACUUGCUAUUGCUUCUGAAAAGGCAGACAAAGUGUUGAAAGAAGUGACAGUCAAAGCUCAAGCUGCUGAAAAAGUGAAAGAGCAAGUGCAGAAGGUCAAGGACAAAGCUCAGGGCAUUGUAGAUGCCAUUGAGAAAGACAAAGUCAUUGCAUAUGAGAAGCUGGAGAAGGCUCGACCUGCUUUAGAAGAGGCAGAAGCUGCCUUGAACACCAUCAAACCGGCUGAUAUUGCUACUGUCAGGAAGCUGGGUAAGCCUCCACAUCUCAUCAUGAGGAUCAUGGACUCCGUACUGCUGCUGUUCCAAAAGAGGGUGAACACAGUGGAGAUGGAUGCUGAGAGACCCUGUGUCAAGCCAUCGUGGUCUGAAGCACUCAAGCUUAUGUCGGGAACCAACUUCCUGCAGACUUUGAUCAACUUCCCGAAAGACAGCAUUAAUGAUGAGACUGUAGAAUUGCUGGACCCCUACCUCUCACAAGAAGAUUACACCCUAGAGGUGGCCAAACGUGUCUGUGGUAAUGUGGCUGGUCUGCUUUCCUGGACACGGUCCAUGGCUGUGUUCUUUGAAAUCAACAAAGAGGUCUUGCCACUGAAGGCAAACUUGACCGUUCAAGAAGCCAGACUGAGUGUUGCUAUGGGUGAUCUGCAGAAAGCUCAAGCACAAUUGGAUGAAAAAGAGGCUGAGUUAGCCAAAGUGAGGGCCAUGUACGAACAAGCCAUGAGAGAGAAACAAACCUUGCUGGAUGAUGCAGAGACAUGUCGUAGGAAGAUGACUGCUGCUGCAGCUUUGAUUAAUGGUCUGCAGGGAGAGAGAGACAGAUGGACAGAGCAGAGCAAAGAAUUCAGGGCACAGAUUGGAAGACUGGUUGGAGAUGUUUUGGUUUGUACUGCUUUCUUGUCAUACGCUGGUCCAUUCAACCAGGAUUUCAGACUUCUGUUGAACCAGAAAUGGUUCAAGGAGUUGAAGAACCGGAAGAUUCCAUGCACACUAAACCUGAGCGUCAUCGAUAUGUUGACUGACCCCACAGUUAUUGGUGAAUGGAACUUGCAAGGUCUGCCCAAUGAUGAACUGUCCACACAGAAUGGUAUCAUUGUCACAAAGGCCUCCAGAUAUCCGCUCCUCAUUGAUCCGCAGGGUCAGGGAAAGAACUGGAUCAAGAAUAGAGAAAUGCACAAUGAACUCCAGUUGACUUCUCUGAACCACAAAUAUUUCCGGACCCACCUUGAGGACUCCAUGUCUCUAGGGCGACCAUUACUGAUUGAGGAUGUAGCAGAAGAACUGGACCCUGCCUUAGAUAAUGUACUGGAGAAGAACUUCAUCAAAGUUGGGUCAACACUGAAGGUCAAGGUUGGAGACAAAGAAUGUGACAUUAUGAAAGGUUUUGUCCUGUAUAUCACAACCAAGCUGGGUAACCCAUCCUACACUCCAGAGGUGUCAGCUAAGACAUCCAUCAUUGAUUUCACCGUCACCAUGAAGGGACUUGAGGAUCAGUUGCUUGGAAGAGUCAUCUUGACAGAGAAAGCUGAACUUGAAUCAGAAAGGGUGAAAUUGAUGGAAGAUGUCCAGUCCAACAAGAAGAAGAUGAAGGAACUUGAGGACAACUUGCUGUACAGAUUGACCAGUACAAAGGGCUCUCUUGUUGAUGAUGAAGAUUUGAUCAAUGUCUUGAACACAACCAAAACUACUGCACAAGACGUCAGUCAGAAGCUGCAGGUAGCAGCUGAAACUCAGACCAAGAUUACCACGGCCAGAGAAGAAUUCCGACCUGUUGCCGCCCGAGGCAGUAUUCUGUAUUUCUUGAUUGUGGAGAUGGGAUUGGUCAACUGCAUGUACCAGACGUCUCUCAAACAGUUCUUGUACCUGUUUGAUUUAUCUAUGGCUAGGUCUGCCAAAUCUCCAAUCACACAAAAAAGAAUUCAGAACAUCAUCGAGUAUAUGACCUUUGAGGUCUUCAAGUAUGCUGUGCGUGGCCUCUAUGAAGAGGACAAAAACACAUUCACUCUGCUGCUGGCCCUGAAGAUAGAUCUGGCACUCGGAAAAAUCAAGCAUGACGAAUUCAUGACUCUCAUCAAGGGAGGCGCCUCACUAGAUCUGAAUGUUGUACAACCCAAACCUCACAAAUGGAUUGUAGAUCUGACCUGGCUCAACCUGGUGGAACUUAGCAACCUUCACCAGUUCUCAGGAAUUUUGGAACAGGUGAGCCGAAAUGAGAAGCAGUGGAGACAGUGGUUUGACAAGGAGGCUCCAGAGGAGGAAAUUAUCCCAGAUGGCUACAACAAUUCACUGGAUGUAUUCCGUCGUCUGCUGUUGGUCAGAUCCUGGUGUCCCGACAGAACCAUGUCCCAGGCCAGAAAGUACAUCGCUGACACUCUGGGUGAGAAAUAUGCUGAGGGAGUGAUUCUGGACUUGGAGAAAAUGUGGAAUGAGAGCUCAAGCAGAACUCCUAUGGUGUGUCUUCUGUCUAUGGGAUCAGAUCCCACUAACAACAUUGAAGCCCUUGCCAAGAAACUCAAACUAGAAUGCAGAAACAUUUCAAUGGGUCAAGGUCAGGAGGUCCAUGCUCGUCGUUUGAUGGCCCAGGGAAUGGCUAAUGGUGGAUGGCUGCUACUUCAGAACUGCCACUUGUCCCUGGAUUAUGUGGAAGAAGUUCUUGAUCAGCUGAUAGAGACUGAGACCAUUCACCAGGAAUUCAGACUGUGGGUCACCACGGAGGUUCACAAAAAGUUUCCUAUCAAUUUCUUACAGAUUUCCAUUAAAUUCACCAAUGAACCCCCACAAGGCAUAAAGGCUGGUCUGAAGAGAACUUACACUGGACUGAGCCAGGAUUUCCUAGAUAUUUCCAACAUGCCUCAAUGGAAACCAAUGUUGUAUGGAGUGGCCUUCAUGCAUACUGUGGUACAGGAAAGAAGGAAAUUUGGACCCCUGGGAUGGAACAUUCCAUAUGAAUUCAAUGCAUCUGACUUCAAUGCCAGUGUGCAGUUUGUCCAGAACCACCUUGAUGAUAUGGACAUCAAAAAGGGAGUUAACUGGACGUGUGUCCGCUACAUGUUUGGUGAAAUCCAGUAUGGAGGUCGUGUGACAGAUGACUAUGACAAGAGGCUGCUGAAUACGUUCUGUAAAGUUUGGUUUGGAGAGAACAUGUUCCAGAGUAACUUUUUAUUCUACAAGGGCUACAUCAUUCCAAAGUGUGUCAAAAUGCAGGAAUACAUGGAGUAUAUCAACAACUUGCCCGGCACGGACACUCCCGAGGCAUUCGGACUGCACUCCAAUGCCGACAUCACGUACCAGAGUAAAUCAGCAAAGACUGUGUUGGACACAAUUCUAGAAAUCCAGCCCAAGGACAGCAGUGCGGGAGGUAGUGGGGAGACUCGCGAGUCCAUUGUCUACCGCAUCUGUGACGACAUGUUGGAGAAACUACCCAAUGACUACGUACCAUUUGAGGUCAGGGCCAGAUUAGAGAAAAUGGGUCGUCUGCAGCCAAUGAACAUUUUCCUAAAACAGGAAAUAGACCGCAUGCAGCGUGUCAUUUCAACAGUCAGAAACACUCUUAGUGACCUGAAACUAGCCAUUGAUGGAACCAUCAUUAUGAGCGAGGCUUUGCGUGAUGCCCUAGACUGCAUGUAUGAUGCCAGGAUUCCCAAGCUGUGGCAGAAGAUUUCCUGGGAUUCCAGCACACUUGGUUUCUGGUUUACCGAGUUGAUUGACAGAAACGGCCAGUUCCACACUUGGUGCUUUGAUGGUCGACCGGUCACUUUCUGGAUGACCGGAUUUUUCAACGCUCAAGGAUUCCUCACAGCAAUGAGACAGGAGGUGACUCGAGCCCACAAAGGCUGGGCGUUAGAUGGAGUGAUCCUACACAAUGACGUUACUCGCCAGAUGAAGGAUGAUAUCACCACACCACCCUCAGAGGGUGUGUAUGUGUAUGGACUCUUCCUUGAAGGGGCUGGAUGGGACAAGAGAGGCAGCAAGCUCAUUGAACCAAAACCCAAAAUCCUGUUUGAGCCCAUGCCGGUUAUCCACAUUUACGCCAUCAACACUACAUCAGACAAAGAAGACUCGAGAAUGUACAAGUGUCCAAUCUACAAGAAACCGCGCAGAACGGACUUGACCUACAUUGCAGCAGUCUACCUGAAGACCAAUCAGAAUCCUGAUCACUGGGUAUUGCGUGGUGUUGCACUGCUCUGUGACAUUAAGUAAACGGUUUUUACUGAACGAUUAUAAACCAAAGUGAAUGUUCCCAAACAGCAGAUGCACAGUUUCUAGUGAUAUCUGGAUACAAAGUUUAUAUUUUCUUAAUUAUCAAUAGCAUGCAGUUACAGAAAUAGUAAUAUUUAUAUGACAUAGCUCAUUUUUAGUCAUUUACUCUAUUGCCAGAAUAUUUGUUUAAGAAGAUGAACAGAUUAUACAUUUUGAUUUCCUCCGUCCAUUGCUUUAUUUGUUUACGUUGGAUACAUGUUGUUAUUAGUAUUGGUGAGGUCUUAGUUGUGUCUAACAUUCAGCUGCCUUUCGUUGCACAUUAGCUUGAUAUUGUUUAAAAUCUAAAACACACGAAGCUAUUUGUACAUCUUUUCAGACUGGAUUCUUCUUCUGAAGACCUUACUUAUAUUAAAAAGGUCGCAAUCAUAAUUUUGCAGAUUAUGCAGAGAAAGGAUUGAAAUGUUGACACAAACAUGUUAUUUUUCUUGAAAGUAUAGCGUAGUUCUUAAAAAGUUAGCAUAUUGAAUUGAUCCAGUGAACUGUGAUAUAAUUGGUCAGUGACCUUAGUCAUAUGACUAAAUUAACCGUCCAUUAAUUCUUUUAGAUUUCAGCGCGUUAUGUUGUUGUUUAAAAGAUAUUUAUUCUUCAUUAGUAACAGAUUUUUUUUUUUACAUCUUUUUAUCUGUAGCAUACGUUAAUAAUUUAUCUGAUCUUCACAUCUCGAGGUGAAAUGUUCAUAUUAUUUUAUACCAAUGUUUUCAGCCGACUACUUCUGUAGUUCUGUUAGAUAAUAAAAUAUAUUAAUAAU